AUGGUGGAUCCAGGAACACGAAAGAUGGGAAUUCGCUCCUCCGACUCAGGCCACUCCAUCGCCUGCCUCAAUCGGCCCAAAAUACGAGAAAAAUACGAGUUUGUUUACAAGCAGGCAGUCACUCCAAACGAUGUCUACCUCCAAAUGAGCGACAAAACUCCAUCCACGAUUUUCUGCGAGGAGCUUGUGAUGAAGAUCAAGCUUCCAGACACCGAGUCUUCGAGCGAGAUCAAGCUCGAUGUGAAGCCAACGUAUCUCAAGCUCACAUCUCCUCGCUACUAUCUCGCGACGUACCUUCCACACAAGGUGAACGAUACCAGGAGCUCUGCCACGUGGGACGCCUUGUCAGCAACCCUCGUCCUCACAAUGCCCAUGGUGGACAGAAAUAUGCUUGCUGACUAGGCGCCACG